AUGAGGGCCCUGCAGGGCGCCUUGUACCGCGUCCUUUUGGCAGCGACUCUCUGGGCGCUCUUGGCAGCGGCAGCCAAGCCACAGACCAAGGGCUACAAGAACAAGGAGGAAGCCCGAACUGCCGCAGCGCAGCUUCAGGCGCUGGCCUCAGCCGAGCGCCGCCAGCUGUUCAACGACUGGAAGGCGGAGUAUGGAAAGAACUUUGGGGCCAACGGCAGCCAGCUGGACAACCUCAAGUUCUCCAAGUGGAGCGCCAGGCUGGAUGCCGUCAUUGAGCACAACAAGGCCGCCGUGUACAGCUUCAAGGGCCUCAACCGCUUCAGCGAGCUGAGCUUCCGGGAGUUCUCCUCCAAGUGGCUGAUGACGCCCAAGGACCCCGCUGAGCUGGCGGGGCGCGUGCCGGUGCCAGGCGGCGGCAGCCGCCGCCUGCUGGCAGAUCCGCCGGCCGCGCUGGACUGGCGCACGCAGGGCGUGGAUCUGCCCAUUCGUGACCAGGGAGGCUGCGGCGCCUGCUGGGCGUUUGCCGCCAUCGCCGCGGUGGAGGCUAAGGCGUUGAUCCUGGGCACCGCCACAGACAUCAGCACCCUGGACCUGUCGGAGCAGCAGCUGGUGGACUGCGCCAAGUCUGGCACCCUUGACUAUUGGAGCCUGGGAUGCGAGAGCGGGUACUCGGACGACGCGCUGUGGUACCUGUCGGAUUACUACGGUACCACCGAGGCGCGGUACCCCUUCCAGGGGGUGAUCGUGGGGUACAACGCUACCAAGGGGGUGGGCUCCAACGAGAGCUACUGGAUCGUGCGCAACCAGUGGGGCGACUGGGGAGAGGCGGGACACAUCCGGGUGCAGAUGACGCAGGCGGGGGCCUGCUCCAUGCCGCCCCUGGGAGGCCUGACCAGGUCGCCGCCGCCGCCACGGCCCCGCCCCCAGAUCGAGGCUGUGAUGAGGGACGCAGCGCUGUGGCGCGGCUUCACAGGCGUGUGGGACACCCUGAGCAGCCCCUCCCUCACCGCCGACACCCGCCUGCUCACCUCUGGCCUCAACACACAGCUGGCGGUGCACUUCCGCGCCGGCCUGGCCGACCCCAAGCGCCGCUACGUGCGCGCCGCGCUGUUUGCCAGCACCGCCGUGGACCGCGCCACCGCCGCCCUGCUGCCGCCCAACGCCACCGCCGGCACCGGCUGGAAGCUGAAGGUGACGGUCAACGGGCGGGUGCUCAAGCCUGCAGACGCUGCCCCCAUGGGCGGCGGGGAGGUCGUCAGGACGUUCCCCGCCGCCAAGGGGCGCUCCGCACGGAUGGCGAUCCUCACCCCCAAGAUGCGCAUCAGCAUGAAUGUGGCCUCCAAGACCUCGGCCGCGGACCAGCAGCGGUUUGGCAAGUGGCUCAACGUCAGGGUGACCGUCUUCAGGACCCAGAUCCUUCCGAAGCCAGUCCUGGGACUGUUUGGCCCCUCCUACAUCGCCGCCCGGGGGUGA